GAUCUGGGUUCCUUUGUAAGUUCCCAUUUACUCAACUUCAUGCUCAGUGCUGAUGAAAUUGAUGAUGAUGAUGAAGAGGAAGAUGAGGUUGCAAAUGAUUAAAAUGAGGAUGGAGGUGAGGGGGACAAUGGAUCUGGUGAGGACGGUGAACAGUAAGAAGGAGAAAGGAAAUGAGAGAAAGAAAGAAAGGGCUGGGCUGGGCUGGGUACAUUUGCAGUUAACAGAAUGUAACAAAGAAUGAGUGUGCAAAACGAAGUGUAUAAUGAAAUAGGGUGUUUGUA